GCGUGCUCAGUCGUAGUUUAUUCGCAGCGCACAAUAAUGUUCGACGCGCAGUUCUCGAUAACGCUGAUUUUGUUUACACUGGUUCAGUGUAAUUGGGCACUUUCUUGCAGCGAAAGGGCCGCGGAGACGAGGUAUGGCAAGGUGCAGGGUUCAACGGAGACGAGCAUCACGGGAGACGAGUAUUGCGCCUUUAAAGGGCUACCUUAUGCAAAACCACCCAUCGGAGAUUUGAGAUUCAAGGAUCCAAUACCGCCGGACCCUUGGGAUGAAGUUAAAAUCUUGCAGAGCUACGGUGACAUGUGUCCCCAAGUGCUUCCGUCGUUUCCCAAGCCCAUGGGCAACGAGGAUUGCCUCUACCUCAAUGUGUUCACCAAGUCGCUCGAUUCGAAAAAUCCAGUUAUGGUGUGGGUUCACGGUGGCGCUUUCAAUUACGGCAGCGGCGAUGACUUUUUGUACGGACCGGAUUAUUUCAUGCGAAGGGAUGCCGUAUUGGUCACUAUAAAUUACAGAUUAGGCAUUUUAGGUUUUUUAAAUUUGGAGGAUAAAUUGGCACCCGGCAAUCAAGGCUUGAAGGAUCAAGUGAUGGCUCUGAAGUGGGUAAGAGACAACAUCGCGAGCUUCGGAGGCGAUCCCGAUCGAGUGACAAUUUUCGGCGAGAGCGCCGGUGCCGCUUCCGUUCACUACUUGACUCUGUCUCCGAUGACGAAGGGCCUGUUUCGCCAGGCCAUAAUUCAGAGCGGCACUGCCCUGAAUCCGUGGACUCAAAAGUCGCCCAACCCCAGAGAGUACGCCUCCAAGGUGUGUGCUCUGCUGGGAAAAAAUGCCGAGAGCCCGGAGGAAAUUUUACAAGUUCUCGGCUCGGCGGACGCCAUCGAACUGAGCUCUCUUCAGCACAAAGUAUCCGAGAAAACGGAAAUGAAUAAAAUCAUACUUCCGUGGGUUCCAUCGACCGACGAUGAAUCGAACGAGCCUUUCAUGCCUAUCGACGUUGAAAUGGCUGCAAAAGAAGGAAUUCAUGUCCCUUUGAUCAUCGGUUACAAUAAUCGCGAGGGUGUUAUAACUUUGAUGCGUAUUUCCGACAAGGAUUUACCAAAAAUAGACGAAAACAUAGAAAACGGCUUGCAUCCGUACACUAUAAAACUGAUGAACGAGAUGUAUCACUUACCGAUCAACGAACUUCGCCGCAUCUACUUCAAGGACGACGAGCGAAUCGACAAAGACACCAAAGACAAGCUAACCGACAUGAUGGGUGACUUGAGCUUCGUCGAGGGCACUCACAGGGUGGCCAGAAUUCAACUACAAAAAUCCAACACUACGACGUACUUGUAUCGUUACGAGUUCGACAAAAAUUUCUCCGUUGUAAAAAAAAUAGCCAAGACCAAGAUAAGCGGAGCUUCUCAUGCCGACGAUCUUAGCAGUUUGUUUCGUUACACCGGUUUGGAGAGAUUAUUCAAACUGAAGCCUUUGGAAAAGGGAACCGACAAUUACUCGCUCAUGGAAAAUAUGGUCGAUAUGUGGGUCAAUUUCGCAACUUACGGAACGCCUACGCCAAAAGAUGCGGCCGUCGAUUGGCCUCGACUGACAAACAGCGAACAAAUGGAGCUGAUCGUGUUCAACUCCACCAUCAGGGUCGAUUCAACCCCCAAUAUAGAGCAACUGUUCAGAAGAAGUUCGUCGCGCAGAAGAAAACGACAGAGCGACGCCGCCGCCAAUUCCGACUCAUCGGCAAAAAGUCAGGAAAAACCCGCCACGACCGAGCAAGCCGCAAAGGAAACAGCCGCGCGCGCGACGCCAGAUAUACUCGACUCCGAACUUUGUGCGCGCGUAAGCAGCACACCGUUGAGUCGUCGUGUACGCGUAAUCGCCUAUGAGUGCGCAUAUACCGAGAAAAUGCCGUUUUCAUCGGGUGUGUUGAUUUUGUCCGGUGCGCUGCUGAUUUGCCAUGGCAUUGGGCUGACCCGGGCCUGCGACACGACCGUCGUCGAGACGAGAUCGGGCAAGCUCGAGGGCUCGGCUCAGACCAGCAUUUUGGGCGACGAGUUUUGCGCCUUCAAGGGGAUACCUUACGCCAAGCCGCCCCUCGACGACUUGAGGUUCAGAGAUCCGUUGCCACCGGACCCGUGGCAGGACGUGCGAUCCGCGACGAAAUUCGGCAACGAGUGCUGCCAGUUCAACUUCAUAUUCCAUCGGGCCGAGGGCAACGAGGACUGCCUGUACCUGAACGUCUACACGAAAACGGCCAGCCCGGACAUACCGAGGCCGGUGAUGGUCUGGAUCCACGGCGGCGCCUUCGAGUACGGCAGCGGCGACGAUCUGUUCUACGGGCCGGACUACUUCAUGCGCAGGAACAUCGUGCUGGUCACACUGAACUACAGGCUGGGAGCUUUCGGCUUUCUCAAUCUCGAGGACAAAUUGGCCCCGGGCAAUCAGGGCCUGAAGGACCAGGUGAUGGCGCUACAGUGGGUCAGGGACAACAUAGUGAACUUUGGCGGUGAUCCGAAUCACGUGACGAUCUUUGGCGAGAGCGCCGGUGCCGCCUCGGUGCACUACUUGACUCUGUCACCGAUGGCCAAAGGUUUAUUCACCAAGGCCAUAAUCCAGAGCGGAGUGGUGCUGAAUCCCUGGGCUCGUGCCCUGCCUCAUCCGCGAGAAAUAGUCUAUCGAUUCUGCUCGGUUCUGGGAAAGAACACGACCGAUCACGAGGAAAUUAUGAGCCACUUGAGAACGACCGACAGUCACGAAAUGAUGAAACAACAGGAUGCAUUGUUGACCGAGAAUGAAAAACUGAAGGCGUUUUUGACCUUCGGGCCGUCGGUCGAUAACGAGUCGGACGAGCCGUUCAUGCCCAUCGAUCCGUUGAUAGCCGCCGAGGAGGGCAUCCAAUAUCCAUUAAUAAUUGGCAGCACCAGUCGAGAGGGCAUUCUCAUGCUCAUACGAACGGGAAAAGAUUUCAAGAGAUUCAACUCUAAUUUCGAGCAGUGGGUGCAUCCGUACACCAUCGAUUUAUUCAAAAAAACGUACAAUCUCACGGCUGAAGAGGUCAAAUUCAAGUAUUACGGCAACGAGGAGAUAUCCGCGGACAACAGGGAAAAGCUGAUCGAUCUCGUCGGCGACAUUUACUUCAUGGAAGGUAUACACAGAGUCGUCAAGACGCAGGUUCAAAAGUCCGUCCUACCGACCUACCUCUACAAGUUUUCCUACGACAAAGGCUUUUCGCCCAUUAAAAAGUUGACCAGGACUCACAUGAGCGGUGCCUCGCACGGCGACGAGUUGCCGGAACUGUUUCGCAUGCGCCUGACGGAACUGAUCGGCAUGAAGCCACUGCAGAACGGCACCGCGGCCUACAGAGUGAUGCUCGAAAUGAUCGAGAUGUGGACGAACUUUGCCAUCUCCGGAAUGCCCACGCCGGCCGUGACCGAUUACACGCCCGUUUACUGGCAUCCAGUCACCGACGCCGACAAUCUGCACUACUUGAACAUCGACGCGGAGCUGAGCAUCGAGACGACGCCGAGUAUGGAAUUACAGUACUCGGCGCUGAAGAACGCCGAGACCAAGCUCAAUCUGUCCAGCGUGCUGAAUCCGAUCUACGGCGUCAAUUUUUAAGAUUACGCUUGGCGCUUUAUGUAAAUACGUGCUCAAUUUCUCAUAGCUUUAUCUUUUAAACUUCUCUGUCGUUUGUACCGUACGAAAAAAAGAAAAAAGAAAAUUGGAAUAAAAGAAUUUCUUAUCGAACUGGACAAAAGAAAAGAACGAUAA